CUUGUCCACAUUUUUCUCCUGAUGGAGUGCUUUUAUUGAAUUGCGGGUUUUAAUGUUUUAGACAUUUUGCAAGGAUGGCGAAAUCGAGCGCGGACGAUGAGGAGCUACGAAGAGCUUGCGAGGCGGCUAUUGAAGGCACAAAACAACAAGUUGUAAUGUCGAUCCGUGUUGCCAAAACCAGCGGCAUCAUAGGCAUUGCCGGAAAAUUGAGCCGUGGUGCUAUGGCUAAACCCAGAGUUCUCGCAAUCUCCACAAAAGCUAAAGGCCAACGCACUAAAGCUUUUCUUCGUGUCUUAAAAUAUUCUAAUGGUGGAGUACUUGAGCCUGCAAAGUUGUACAAGCUUAAGCAUCUUUCAAAGGUCGAGCUCGUAACUAAUGAUCCAAGUGGCUGUACAUUCAUGCUGGGUUUCGAUAAUCUCAGAAGUCAAAGUGUUACUCCACCUCAGUGGACAAUGCGUAACGUUGACGAUAGGAACCGCCUUUUGCUUUGCAUCCUAAACAUCUGUAAGGAUGUCCUUGGUCGUCUUCCCAAGGUUGUUGGCAUAGAUGUGGUAGAGAUGGCUCUUUGGGCAAAGGAAAAUACUCCAGCAAUUACCAAGCAACAGGCUAAUCCCCAAGAUGGGCCGGUCACUGCUGUAGCAGAAGAAGGUGAGAUGACAGUUACUGUUGAAAGAGAACUGGUAUCUCAAGCAGAGGAAGAGGACAUGGAGGCUCUGUUAGGCACUUAUGUAAUGGGUAUUGGUGAAGCUGAGGCAUUCUCUGAGCGGUUGAAGCGAGAGCUUCAAGCUUUGGAAGCUGCUAAUGUGCAUGCCAUUUUGGAGAAUGAGCCAUUAAUAGAUGAGGUCUUGCAUGGGCUUGAAUCGGCCACCAACUGUGUUGAAGAUAUGGAUGAGUGGUUGGGCAUCUUUAAUGUAAAACUUAGACACAUGAGAGAAGACAUUGAAUCAAUAGAAACCCGCAACAACAAGCUGGAAAUGCAGUCAGUAAACAACAAGGCAUUGAUUGAGGAACUUGAUAGGCUUCUUGAAAGACUACGUAUCCCUUCUGAGUAUGCAGCGUGUUUAACAAGUGGUUCAUUUGAAGAGGCAAGAAUGCCUCAGAACAUUGAGGCAUGUGAGUGGCUAACUAAUGCUCUACAUGGUCUUGAAUCACCUAAAUUGGAUCCUAGCUACUCAAACAUGAGAGCUGUGAAAGAAAAACGAGCAGAAGUUGACAAGUUGAAAACGACGUUUGUUCGAAGAGCAUCUGAAUUCUUGAGAAACUAUUUUUCCAGUUUGGUGGAUUUUAUGAUGAGUGAUAAGAGUUAUUUUUCUCAGCGUGGGCAAUUGAAAAGGCCUGACCAUGCUGAUCUCCGAUACAAGUGCAGGACAUAUGCUCGUCUGUUGCAGCAUUUGAAGAGUCUUGACAAGAAUUGCUUGGGCCCUUUAAGAAAAGCUUAUUGUACCUCCCUCAACUUGCUUUUGCGCCGGGAGGCUCGUGAGUUUGCAAAUGAGCUUCGUUCCAGUACAAAGGCAUCCAAAAAUCCUAUUGUGUGGUUUGAAGGUUUGACAGGUUUGAAUCAGAGCGUGAAUAAUGCAGACACGUCUGCAGCCUCUGAGGCAUAUGCUAAAAUGCUCACAAUAUUUAUCCCACUCCUUGUCGAUGAGAGUUCUUUCUUUGCACACUUUAUGUGCUUUGAAGUUCCAACACUGCUUCCACCAGAAGGUGUUGCCAAUGGAAACAAAGCUGGAGAUGAUAUGAAUGAUGAUUUAGACAUCAUGGAUAUAGAUGAGAAUGACAAUAAAUCUGGACAGAAUUCUGCAGAUCUAGAGGCACUAAAUGAAUCACUACAUGAUUUGCUUGAUGGAAUCCAAGAAGACUUCUUUGCUGUGGUGGAUUGGGCAGGCAAAAUUGAUCCUAUGUGCUGCAUAUCAAUGCAUGGAAUCACGGAGCGUUAUAUUCCUGAUCAGAAGGCUGAUACAGCAGGAUUUGUGCGUAUCUUGCUUGAUGACUUGGAAUCAAGAAUUUCAAUGCAGUUCAGCCGUUUUGUGGAGGAGACAUGCCAUCAAAUUGAAAGAAAUGAGCGAAAUGUUAGACAGUUGGGAGUUUUAUCAUUCAUACCGAGAUUUGCCACCCUUGCAACCCGUAUGGAGCAGUACAUUCAAGGACAAUCAAGGGAUUUGGUUGAUCAGGCAUACACAAAGUUUGUCACUAUAAUGUUUGUUACUUUGGACAAAAUUGCUCAAACAGACCUGAAAUAUCAAGAUAUCAUGCUUUUAGAAAACUAUGCAUCAUUUCAAAAUAGUCUAUAUGACCUGGCUAAUGUCGUGCCAACCUUAGCAAAAUUCUAUCACCAAGCAAGUGAAUCUUAUGAACAGGCUUGCACACGCCACAUCAACACAAUUAUCUACUAUCAAUUUGAGCGACUCUUUCAAUUUGCUAGAAGAAUCGAGGAUUUGAUGUACACGAUUACACCAGAAGAGAUUCCAUUCCAGAUUGGAUUGUCAAAAGCGGAUCUUAGGAAGGUGGUGAAAUACAGUUUAUCUGGGCAGGUGGAUAAGUCGAUCAGCACAAUGUAUAAGAGAUUGCAGAAGAACUUAGCGUCGGAGGAGUUGUUGCCUUCUCUAUGGGAUAAAUGCAAGAAGGAGUUCCUGGAGAAGUAUGAGAGUUUUGUCCAACUUAUAAAUAAGGUUUACCCGACGGAGAGCAUCCCUUCCAUCUCAGAAAUGCGGGGGCUUUUGGCAUCCAUGUAAACAAGGCAGAAGCUCGCUCUAGUUUUGAUUCUUUUUCUUC